UCAUGACCCGGGCCACAGCCCUAGUAACGCCUACCCGUCAUAGGAGGUAUUCAAGUUUACAGGCCUUAACCAUUAAGUAGGCUUUGGUAAAGAAUAUGCUGUCAUGCAGACGACUUGAAUCUCAUCUGGUUAGUGAAUAGUUAUCCAAAUAUUGCAAUAAGACUUUGUAUUAUGGCUCCACGUGAACUCAGGAAAGCUGUUACAGCGGAAUCUAAAACGAAUAGCGGUGUGUCAAAAAUUGUCGGGCAGAGAUUAGGCCAGGGUAAAUUGGUCACAAGAAAAAUGCUCCGCAAAAAUCUCCGAAAAAUAAAAAAACAGAGGAAACAAGGUCACAAGUACUUAACUGACAUCCAAGAUGAUAACCUUGAUCAUAGACCUAAAGAAGACAGCAUAAGAGAAAAUUUUGAGAUUCAUGAACAAGAUACACUAUUCCAAGCUAGAGGUUCAGCCAAAAUUUCAGUUACUAAGGGUAAAUAUGGGGGAAAUAAGAAGAAAAAAGAAAAAGCUGACCAAGAAAAAAUAAAGCAGCGAACAAAACAGCUAAAAAUAGCCAACAAACUGGAAGACAAAAAUAUAAAGAAAAUAGAAAAGCAGUUGAAACUGCACAAGCGGAAGUCUAAGGGUGUUCCCAAAUCCUUUAUAGAUGACGGGCUAGAUUUUCUUCUUGAAAUCUGUGACCCAGAAUCCAGGAGUAAGUUAGCCAAAGAAGAAUUUGAUUUUGCAGAUAAUGAUGCAGGGUUUGAAGAAGAUUUGGCCUCGUUUAAUGCAAAGAGUGAAGGCAAGACAAUUAAAAAAGAUUUAUGUCAAAAUCUAAAUGUAAAAAAGUCGUUUACAACAAAAAACGUCACAUCCAGGACGAAGACUAUGCUACAAGAAGAUUCUUCGUACUUUGAUGAAUCAGGCUCAAGUUGUGAAAUGGAUGAAGAGAUGGCAAAAUGUGACUCAAAUUGUGAAAUGGAUGAAGAGAUGGCAAAAUGUGACUCAAAUGAAAGCUGCAAUCAAUCAGAAAAUGAAGACAUCCAAGGGAUUUUAAGCAUCAGCGCAAGGGUUUCUAAUGACAGCGAAGAAGAGUACACAGAAGAUAUAUACGGCCGCUUACGGGACAAAAAAGGGAAUUUAAUAAAAAUUCAAACAGCAGAGGAACAGGCUAGUAAAUAUAUCCCUCCAGGAAAGCGAUUGGCUACUGUGAAUGAGUUUAACGCAGAAGCACACAAACUGAAACGCCAAAUGAAAGGCUUAUUUAACCGGCUUGCCGAAAGUAACUUACCAAGCAUCGUUUCUGCUGUAGAAAAACUAUAUCUCAACCAUUCGCGACAUAACAUGCAAGAGGCGAUAAAUACCCUUAUUAUCGAGUCAUUGGUCUGUCAGACUCUCUCUCCCGAACGCCUUAUAAUGGAACAUUGCGUUUUGAUCGCAGCACUUCAUGCAAAUGUAGGGACUGAAGUUGGCGCCCAGUUCUUAGAACUUGUUGUACGAAGAUUCGAUGCAGCUUAUAAAAGAAAUGCGGCCGAAACCAAAGAAUUGGACAAUUUGAUUUUAAUUGUGGCACACCUGUACAAUUUUGGACUUGUAACCGCUUCUCUUUUAAAAGAUAUCCUUCACAUGCUUGCUGAAAGAUUCGAGGAAAAAGACAUCGAAAUUAUUUUAAUUAUUUUGAGAGCAGUAGGGUUUGGCCUGAGAAAAGACGAUCCAGUAUCGCUGAAGGAAAUAAUUUUUACCCUACAAACAAAAGCUGGACAAGCAACCGAACAGCCAACUAGAAUUCGUUUUAUGCUUGAAAUCUUGUUGGCGAUCCGCAAUAAUAAUAUGACUAAAAUACCUAAUUUUGAUAUUAGUCAUACGGAACACCUGCGCAAAAUAUUACGUUCUGUAACGAAGAAAGGAGAUGCCUUGUGCAAACUGAAUAUAUCUUACUCUGAAUUGUUGGCCGCAACUAACAGAGGUAGGUGGUGGAUAGUAGGGUCCGCAUGGAUGGGACAAGGACCGAAUGCCACCACUCCGCUUGUCAAACCGGAAGUACAAAAUUCAGACGAACCACAAUACAGUGCCGAAUUGCUGGAAAUGGCGCGCAAGCAGAGAAUGAAUACUGAAGUCCGACGUAACAUAUUCUGUAUCCUUAUGACGGCAGAAGAUUUCGUUGAAGCUUUUGAUAGGAUAAUACGUCUUGGCUUGAAAAACCAACAGGAACGAGAAAUUGUGCACGUAGUCAUGGAUUGCUGUUUACAAGAAAAAAGCUUCAACCAAUACUAUGCUUAUUUGCUACAGAAGCUAUGUCAUUUCCACCGACGUUUUCAGAUUGCCUCGCAGUUUGCUGUGUGGGACCAUUUUAAAAAUCUUGCGUUACAGUCUGAAUUGCAAGUCAGUCAUUUGUCGAAAUUGGUGGUGCAUUUGACGGUGGAAGGUGCUCUUAGUCUUUCCGUGCUGAAAGUAAUUCAGUUCUCUGAGAUGGAUCGGGUAUUGGUCCGCUUUCUGCGUCAGGUUUUGUUAGGUAUACUCCUGCACCCGUCGGAGACUGCAGUAAAAUCAGCAUUUGGUUGUCUCGUUUCACCCAAACUAGGUCUUCUCAAAGAUGGAUUAAUUCUUUUUAUGCAUCAUUUUCUGAUGAAAAAUAUGGGGAAAAUGAGUGUGUCUGAUGGUGAAAAAUUGAGAAAUCGCAUUCAGAUAGUUCAAGAAGCCUUCAUAUGAACUAAAUAAACGAAUUGUAAUGCA